AUGGUCUUGUCUCAGCUGGGUGCUGGAGUAAAGAAUGCAAUCAUCACCUUAUUGGGUUGUUUAACUGGUGCUCUCAUCUAUGGUAUUGUAGAGCCGGCUGUAAUGAAAUUGACAAAGCCAAGGCGUCCAUACAAGGCUUUUAUGUUGAAUCAAGUCACCCCCACUCCAUUUUUUGUCCUGGCAUUACCAAUUGCAUCAGUUCUAGCUAUAGUCAUCUUUGUUGUGGAGCACUUUGUACCAUGGAGAACUGAUCUGACAGUACCAAAUGAACCAAAUGCUACAUGGAUAUCUGUGAGAGCAUGGUCUCCUAUUUUGACAGGUGUCAUCGUUGGAUGCCUUCAAAUUCCAUUGGUGCUCGCUGUCAAGGAUACCAUGGGAGGUAGUAGUAGCUACUGCACUGUCGUAUCACAGAUACUGGUUACAAAACCACUCCGAUCACUGUCUCCAUAUCUGUCAAAGUACAGAACUGGAUUGGCAAACUGGUGGCAGGUGUUGUAUGUAAGUGGUGCAGUAUUCGGGGCAUGGAUGUCAGCCAAUUGUUCAGAUACUCUCGGCACUGUAGAUGGAGUCUCCACAGCAACAUCAUUUAUUGGAGGGGUAGUCAUGGUAUUUGGAUCUAGGUUGGCAGCAGGCUGCACCAGUGGUCAUGGUUUGUCUGGCGUGGGUACACUAUCACUGUUAUCAUUUGUGACAGUUCCUGCUAUAUUUGCUGGUGGCAUGGCAGCUGCCUUCAUGCUCCGGACACUGGCAGUAAUCUGAGGCUGCUGAACUGAAAUUUAGGCAUUAUCACAGGAGGCUAUAGACUAGUAUUACUUUCUAUCUGGCUGCCAUUCUUAACAUAAUAUAAUGAAACCUGUGUAAACUUAACACAAAACUGGUUUGAGCAAUUCAAUGUACAUACUGAUACAAUAAGAGACAUUUCAAUACAUGUGAGUUUAUGGGGCUACGAAAUUGGGAUCAGUUUGGGAAGGAUUUUUAGUCUCACAGGAUUUGGUUUAGACCGGUUUUAUUGCAUUAUAAUUAUCUUACCUAAGACUCUGUAAAUACCAGUGUGCAUAUGCUAACCCAUUAAAAUUGUAUUGUAUAGAACCAUGUUGAAUGGUCUAAUUUCGUUCAGGAAUCAUCCCAACUUGCAUUUUAGUCAACAACCAACCACACUUUGGUUCACCCUGUACUCUUUAUCAUCAUUGCCAGCUACCAUCAGUGUUCUCAGGGUAAUAGGGUCACAUUGCUCCCUUGCUAUUUAGGGAGUACCUCCCUGGAAUUAGUUUUUGUUUUCCCAAUUAAUAAAGUGCAGAAACAGAAGUAAAAUUAGGAAAUUAUUAUCAAACAUAUUUUCUUAUUGACCACCUUGCUAACAAAAUUUUACUGAGAACAUGACUGUGAUUAUGAGGAAACCUACUGCACAAAUCUCACUUGCGUGACAUAAUUGGUGUAAUUGACAAUGUCAUUGUUUUGAUGGGUGGUGGUCAUUUGCUAUACGACUACACAAAAGAAGUAUUUGAUUGAAUAUUUGCUUACACCAGUCUGCAUAAUUUUGACGUCACAUAAGUGCUUUGUCGCACCACUUAUUGGAGAGAUGCAUUUUGAUUCACAAUUGUUUUAGUUUUGAUAUAUAUACAUGUAUAUGAAAUGAAAUCAGUACAUCAAUAAUGUACUUUUAAGAAGACUGUAAAUAUUCUGAAUGCGAUCAAUUGAUUUUUAUGUACAGCUUUGCUGUGAUUAUUAAUAGUUUUUCUAUUGUCUGUAAACUUGCAUUCCAAAGGUUUUUUUAUUGCACAUGUUCGUUAAAUAAAAGUUUUAAAAAAAUACA